UCGGGCCCGCCCCCCUCCGGCUCCUGCACCAGCAGCUGAUCGAACCGCAGAGCUGACGUCGUGGGCCCGUCUGGCCCCGAUUGCGUGCCCCCGAUGCCCUAGAACGACCCCGCCGAUGAUCCUCAGGCUGCUGGCCGUCGGCCUCUCGAUCCUGGCGGCCGCCCUGGCCGCCGAUUUGGCCCCGCUCCAAGUCCGAGACGCCAGCGAUGGUGACGUGAUUCCCUUCAUUUUUGGCGGUUCCCCCGCCGACGACAUGCUGAUGGAGGAAAUCAGGGUGAUCCCCGUGCUUGGCAAGGUGACCCUGACCGCGCCCAACCUGCCUGCCAACGUGCGCUUCGUGCUCUUCCAGGCGCACUCGUACCUCUACAACGUCACCCUUUCGUACAACGCAGCCCUUUUGCCAGGCGAACACAUCAACGGCACCAACGUGGGUUUGCUGGCUCAGCCCGUCGCGAAAACGGCCCAGGUCAUUCUGUACAAUUUCAACAUUGAGGCCAACGCCACUGUCCUCAUUGCUGCCAAGGUGCUCAAAAUGGAUGUUCCCAUUCCUGGGGGUUGCAACAUGGAGUUCAACACCAAAUUGGCUCCGUACCUGCAGGUCACUUACACGAGUGACCUGAUUAUGAUGAAGAGUCAACUUGCUGCGCCGCCGCUGCCUUACUCGUGCAGAUCUAGUCUGCUUGACUACGACGUUUACCAUUUGUACCUGGAGGAGCGCGACUUCACGGGGGCCACGUACUUCGAGGGUGUCCGAAAAAUGCUGACGCCAAGCAGAAUUGCUCAGCAUGCUAAAAAGGUACCUGAAAUCCUGGGUAUGCCCGUGAUAGAGAGAACUUUCAGUGCCUACUCGGGAACAGGGUCCGUUUACGUGGUGGUCGCGCGGGGUGAAAAAGACGUCGCCGCCGCGUACGUCCCUGCCGUCACUUACGCAUGCAGCGUCGUCUACUGGGACGACACGUGCGAGGUCCUCACCACAACUUUUUCCAAACUUCUGUGUGCCAUCAUUCUUUUCCUCGGACUGUUCAUCUGCUUUGCGGGCCACUACUAUUUCAAAGCAGAGAUGUUCGUCUUUGGAUUCUUGUCUGGAGGGUUGGUUGCCUACAUUCUGGUUGCCCUGCCCGGAAAGUUUGAUUAUGGAGGACAUCUCGCCAUAUCAGUUUUGAUAGGCGCAAUUUUCGGAGCCUUUUGGCUGUCACUGUGGUGGUUCUACGGCAUCCCGGCCAUUUCCACCUUGCUGAUCACACUCACCUUGGGCUACCUUGUUGCCUCGACGGUCUUCUUCUCCGGAGCAGCCGACAUCAGCGUGUUUCAAAACCAAAUCAACUAUUGGACGGCUUUCCUCUGCAUAGUGGUGGCGGUGCCGAUUUUCAUGGUCAUGGCUGCCCAUGUCUCAAACAUCGUGGCGUGCAGUAUUUUCGGGGCUUACGCCAUCAUCGCGCCGAUUGAUCACUACGUCGGGUCCAACCUCAAGUACAUCAUCAUCAACACCGUGAGAAAGGCCACAAAUCCAGACUUCAAGUCUGCAAUUGUUGAUCCCCCAUUCCAGACGAGAGAUCUGAUUUUGAGCAUCACAUGGGCAGUCCUUGCCCUCCUGGGAAUCUGCGUCCAGUUCUACCUGCACCGGAACAAACCACCCUUCCCGCCGCCACCCUACACAGUGCUCCAGGACCAACGUGAUAGACUGGCCCUCGAGAAUGACCCUCUGCUGCCUUCGAGGCCGACCAACGUCUACGCCUCGGUGUCCAUGGGUGACGACAGUGUUUUCGAAUCGCCUCAGCCGGGCCCUUCGGGUGUCACCAGAUGAUCAAAGAAGUGCCAAUUUACAUAUAUAUAUUUUUUUUUAAACUAGAGAAAAAUUAAACUUUUACAAGAUAGUAAUUCAUUUAUUGGUAUCUUGCGUCUACACAUAUUUUUAAUAAUUAUUAUUUGGCUACACUCGCUAGAACACUUAUUAUUUUUAUGUUGUUGUUAUACAGUAAUCACAGGAUAACAUCUUAUUAUUGCAAAUCAAACACUGCUUCUUUUUUUUUUUGUCAAUAAAACGGAGAGAACGAAGGGGUCUCUAUUUUUAUACACGAA